UUAAGUUUCCUAGGUUGUUUCGGAGGUUUUACUAGUUUACUAGUCCAUUCUAAAAUCUGAAACACCACACAAUCUUCCAUCCUUCACUUCUACUUUUCCCACUCUAAUUUCUCCUGUGUUUAUAUAUUCAACUAUUCUUACACAUUCACAUUCUUCAUAACCAGCUUAUUAGCAUUGCCCACCACCUACCUCUCACAUUCUUGGCUGCUGUAAGUUUCAAUUUAUUAUACUAUUUGAGUUGCAAAGCUUAAGUCUUUUUUGUUGCAAUUUGAUUCUUACUAGCUUUUGUUUUCUGGGUAGUUUAGUUUUUAGUUCUUUGAGCUUUUAUUGUUGUUGGGUUUGUGUUGCUUUGGUUUAUAAGAUGCCUCAGAAGUCUUUGUUUAAGGAUUGUUCAUGGGGAUAUCAGAUUAAUCCUAUGAUUAAUUGGUCAUUCAAGGUACUAAUGUUUGCAUCUUUUCUUGGUCUGUUAAUUAUUUAUGGGUUUGAUUGUUGGGAUUCUAGUAGUUUUCAUAAUGAUUUUGUUGCUAUUAAGCUCAAUAAUGCUCAUCAACAUUUGACACAUACCCAUGAAAUUAUGGAUCAGUAUAAUGAAUCUGGUCAGUCUAGGUUAAGUUUCCAAGAAAAUUUGACACUGCGCGGUGAAGAUGUUCAAGCAGAUUCUGAACCAAUGCCCUUAAUUGGCACCCGAGAUCAGCUUGAUGCCACUAAUUCUAGUUUUGGAGAGCCACUAAGUUUGGAAUGGAUUUCAGCAGAAGUAGAGCAAAACUUUACAUCGAAUCUUUUAGCUGCUUGGGUAGAUGGAGGUGUUGGGCAGUGUAGUGACUCUCAGACGGUGGGAAUCACAAUCCCUGAGUUGGACGGUCGCGAGUACAUUGAGUUACCUACUGGGAAGAUUCAUGAAUUUGUUUUCCAAGCAGUAGAUGAAGUGGGAAAUCUUCAUUGUCUUGGUGGUGAUUAUUUUGAGACUGAUAUUUCGGGUGAGUUGUGGAAGUCUAGGCCCCCAGUGAAAGAUUUAGGCAAUGGUACCUACACGUUUUCCCUUCAAGUCCACCCAGAUUUUUCUGGAGACUACAAUCUUACUAUAAUCUUUUUGUUUCGGCACUAUCAGGGAUUGAAAAAUUCCCCUGAAAGAUUUGCAAUUGAUAAUGUGCUUCGAACAAUUCCAAUUAAAUUUGUCAAGUCUUCCGCACAAUUACCAGCAAUACAACAAUGCAUGAAGUCUGAUUUCACUAGAGACAUCUGGUCGGGUAGAUGGACGCGGCAUGCCAAUAAUGAUAGCUGUGGAAUUAGUGAUGAUGGUAGAUUUAGGUGCCAAGAACCAGACUUUCCGUGUCAACGGCCAUGGUGUGAUGGUUCCUUAGGCUCGCUAGAGAGUAAUGGUUGGACAUACUCGACUCAUUGUUCGUUCAAGCUAUUUUCAGGUGAAGCAGCUUGGAAUUGUUUAAGUAACCGCUGGAUUUUCUUCUGGGGUGAUUCAAAUCACUGUGAUACUAUCCGGAACAUCUUUAAAUUUAUCCUAGACCUGGAUUACGAGAAUGUCCCUAGACAUUUUGAUAUGAAUAUCAGCAACCCAGACAAUCCAAUGCAGACGGUUCGAAUUACUAGCAUUUUCAAUGGCAAUUCGAAUGUUGGUGGGAACUAUCAGGGUUUGAGUUCACUGUACAAUGUAACAUACAGAGAAUUGUUGAAGAACUACUUCUCACAAGAAAUUGUCCCGGACACCAUAAUCAUUAAUUCCGGUUUACACGACGGAGUUUUCUGGCCUACGAUUAGGAGAUUCACGAGGGGGGCAGAAGAUGCAGCAGCUUUUUGGUCAGAAGUGAUUGAGGGUGUCCGCCAGAAAGGGUUGGUGUUGCCAGAGAUUAUAUUCAGGAGCACAAUUGCAACUGCUGGUUAUGCAAGAAGAAUGGCCUUCAAUCCUAGCAAAAUGGAGGCAUUUAAUGGGAUUCUAUUGGACAAACUAAGGCAAUUUGGUUUGGUUAGUAAGGUGAUUGAUGACUUUGACUUGACGUAUCCGUGGCAUUUUGACAAUCGAUGCAGUGACGGGGUACACUAUGGCCGAGCUCCAGCUAAAAAGCAGUGGCGUGAUGGUCAGAUUGGGCACCAGUACUUUGUGGACCUCAUGUUAUGUCAUGUGCUGCUAAACGCCCUUUGUCAACAAUAGGUUAACUUGUUUUUACUCGAAUUUUGCAGGAGUCCAAAUUGUAAACUAGUAUGCUUGCAGCUCAGAAAUUGCAUUGCUCGGAAAUUUACAGCAGCAAUGGGAUACCUCAAGCUGAGAUGUGUUGUAUUGCCAGCUAAAGGAGGUUGAAAUCUGAGGAUAGAUACAUCUGGUGGCCUAAGUAUGCCACAUACCAUAGAAUGUUAUCAUAGAUUCUGUACUAUGAUUUGUUUGUAUAUUCAUGUUUUGGAUUUUUACCACUAGAAUUUAGAAUCAAAGCUUGUGGUGAUCAAAUGGCAUAUGUAAUGCCCCACUUAACACAACAAUAUGUAAUGUACCUACUAUGUGUAGAGGUGUCAAUUCUUAUAUUUUGGAGCUGUUUGGCCAA